GCCGUCAGGUGACUUGGGGAAGAUGGCCGCGUUGACAGCGGAGAAUUUCGCGGCGCUCCAGAGCCUGCUGAAGGCCUCCUCAAGAGAUGUUGUCAGACAGCUGUGCCAAGAGAGCUUUUCCAGUUCAGCCCUUGGCUCAAAACAACUCUUGGAUAUUACAUGUUCCAGCUUGUCUGUGACCCAGGAGGAAGCGGAGCAACUGCUCCAGGCUCUGCACCGCCUCACCAGGCUGGCGGUGUUCCGUGACCUGUCCUCUGCUGAGGCGAUCCUGGCUCUCUUUCCUGAAAAUUUCCACCAAAACCUCAAAAACCUGCUGACGAAAAUCAUCCUAGAACAUGUCUCUACUUGGCGACUGGAAGCCCAGGCAAAUCAGAUCUCCCUGCCGCGCCUGGUUGACCUAGACUGGAGAGUGGACAUCAAGACCUCCUCCGACAGCAUCAGCCGCAUGGCCGUCCCCACCUGCCUGCUGCAGAUGAAGAUCCAAGAAGAUCCUACUCUGUGUGGAGACAAGCCCUCCAUCUCAGCGGUCACUGUGGAGCUGAGUAAGGAAACGCUGGACACUAUGCUAGACGGCCUGGGCCGCAUCCGUGACCAGCUCUCCGCCGUGGCCAACAAAUGACCCCAGCCGGCUGCCGGCCAGCGGUGUGCGCCUCCCAGCCCCCGGGCUGCCCCCCUGCAGCAGCUGCGGCCGUUGGCAGGGUCUGCAGGCCGGCCCGGGGGGACGGGGAGGGGGCUGCCAUCCGGAAGGCACAGCUGCGCCGGGAGGAAGCAGAGCCCGGCCCCGCGCUGUUCUCCUCCCUCGUCAUCUUGCGUCCUUCGGAAGCUGGUGAGCAGAAGCCCCCACCUCUGGAAGGCGUCCUCACCACUGCGGCGGUGUGAGGGGGCAUCCGCACCAUCAGCUGCCUCUGCGUGGCUGCCUGGAAAAUUCAGGCCCACGUUGUGGAGCUCAUCUCAGAAGUUCCUUUCCAGCAUUAGGUCUGAUUGGUCCGUGUCCGGCCCUGGAGCACAGGGAGGGAAUCACGGGGCUGAGGCCAGCAGUUGGCGCUUCUCCGUCGGAGAAGCCGGGCAGAGCCUGUAGAGCCGUGGGGCCCCCCGCCGGCCCAAGUCCAGAGCCUUCCUGAGCCCCCUCAACCCUGCGGGCCCUCCUUCCAGCGUAGGGAGUCUGGAAUGGGUGCUGACUUCCUCCUUCAUGAAGCCACAGGGCCCGGGAAACAAGUGGGAGUGAUGGAAAUAAAUAAUCGUUCUAAAGAC